AUGGCCGACGACGCUUCACCAACUUUGGACGAGGAGAAAAGGCUGCCUAGCGCUUCUGCUCGGAUCAUCGGCGGGUCCAACGCCAACCUGACCCAGUUUCCGUUCUUCGCGUUGAUCUACUUCAGCGGCAACCCGCAGUGCGGCGGCUCGUUGAUCUCCACGCAGUGGGUCCUGACGGCGGCCCGUGGCCUAUCGGGGACCCAGCUGUCCCAGCUUAAUAACUACGCAAUAUAUUUGGGGAAUUUGGCGAGUCAAUCGCCGUUCUCGACAGGGUCCGUCAAGGCGUUGCCCACCGCCAUCUUCAUCCACGAGCUGUACACGGCGGUUAAUUACCAAAACAACAUUGCCCUGAUGCAAAUCCCCACAGUCACCUUGACAGCCAACAUCCAGCCAGUGACGCUUGCCAUUGACGCCACCAACAACUUCAACGGCCAGGUGGCGUUCCUCAUGGGAUUCGGAAGAACUGCCGACACGGGUUAA